UCCGCCUCGACGAAGCUUUGGCCCUCGAGACGAAGCUCCAGGAGCGAGCCACGUCCCGCCUCGGGGAGAUGGCCGGUUCCUCCCUCGCCGCCUGUGACGUGGACGGCGACGGGCGGGACGAGGUGGCGGUGGCAGCUCCCUUCGGCCGAGUCCCAGACGCCUUCGGGAGCUACAAGGAAGUGGGCAGGGUCACCGUCCUUGGAGCGAAGGGCUACAACGUCACCCUCCACGGCCACUCUGCCUUCGGGCGAUUCGGCAGCAGUGUGGUCUGUCUCGGCGAUGUCAACAACGACUCUUUCAGCGACCUGGCCGUCGGCGCGUCCGAACACCCUGGUGGCGGCGCAGUCUUCGUCUUCCUUGGCUCGUCCGAAGGCCUUGUUCCGACUCCAUCUCAGGCAAGAAGCAUCCUUCUCGCCCCUCCGAAUGUCACUGGCUUCGGCUUCAGCUUAGCCGGCGGUCGGGACAUCGACGGGAAACGGGUAUCCGGACGUGGUGGUCGGAGCGCUGUGUCCGAUUCCGCUGUCACGUUUAGAGCCGCCCCGGUGCCGAAACUGGCGUCUCGACCUUCCGCUUCGACCCGCCCGCCGUCGACCUCCGCCAGAAGGACUUGCGACCUCCUCGGCGGGAGAUUGAACUGCUUCCGCCUCCUGCUGGAGGUUCGCGACGAAGGAGGACAUCAUCGGGAGAGCCCCUUGAAGUUACGUGUGAAGGUCAAUCUUGAUUCGGGAAGAAGAAGAAAAAGGAUUCACUUUUAUGACAAUACUUCCUCAGUUGAUAUGUCUCUCGACAUCUCUGGAAAUCUAAGUAAAGUGUUUGAUGUAUAUGCUGAGGACUUGGCAAACGAGACGGAUGCCAUACCAGGACCCAUCGCUACAGUGAACGUAUCUCUGGAACCUCACAGAUCCGUAUCAAAAGAAGGUUUAUUGCCCGUAAUUGGAAAGCCUAUUAUAAACACCACUUCGCUGAUUCUCCAGUGUGGAAAUGAUACGAAUAACUGCGUGGCUGUUACUGAUAUGGCGUUCUUCGCUGAGGAGAGAGAAAUCAACUUCACAGUCGGAGAGAGGUAUGCCAGCGUCGAAUUCAACGUGACAGUGACCGGAGGAAAUGCCUACGAUCCUUACAUCAGCGUCAUGGACACAGUGGGUCUCACAGCGCAGAUGGGGAGGUCCUCCAACUCGCCGAUUUCUCUGGACUGCUUCAGGAGGCGCCGCUGCAAGUUCACCACCAUGAAGAUAAGGCCGGGGACGGAGAUGAUUAUGAUGCUCAGGUUCGAACAGGACGUGAAAGCCCUCCUGGAUUUCAUGAACCAGACUUCAGUUGUGCCUCCUAGCAUCAACCUAGAUAUGGCAGGCAUGUGUGUGAACGAUAAGAAUGCUUCCAAUGAUUUUUUGACCUUCAAGAUGUUCCCGAAGCUUCGUCCCGUUCUCUCUCUUGUGGGAGAGAAUGAAGAUGAAUCCAUAAGCAUCACUUUCGCGGACGGAAAAGGAGCGGCCAGGGUGGAGAAGAAUGAUAUCAGUUUUGAUGAUGAGAACUUCACUGUGACUCACAAUUACACACUGAGGAAUGUCGGUCUGUUUCCGAUCCAGAAAAUUGCUGUUACCUGCUCAGGCAAGAUCACUGGAAUAGAGAACGAGACUCUGACAGAGUAUUUGCUCUCCUUCGACCCUCCGCCUGAAGAAUCUGGGACUUGUGAAGCGCCAUGCAUUUCUGAAGUAUACAAUUUGGCCGCUGAAAAGAUGGUGAAGAUUGUCUUGAUAUUUGCGAACAAGGAAUUGAACCAACAGCAUCUCGGACAGCAUAGCAUAAACUUGACCUCCACCUGCCGAGCCAAGGUCAUCUCUCCCUCUGGCGCCACCGUAGUAAGCGAGGUCAGCGACGUAGACCAGACUGUGACCCUGACGACGUAUGUGAUCUUCAUUGUGAGCGAGGGCAAGGCAGGACCGGAUUCCUGGGUCAUCGCUUUAGCCAUGUUGGGAGGAUGUUUUCUCCUGGCGUUGCUGGUGCUGGCGUUGUACAAGCUGGGGUUCUUCAAGCGCAAGUUGCCGCCAGCGCCACCCCAGGGAUCCCCCGGCCCCCCAACACCAGCGACCGAGAGCGAAGUAGAGGAAAUAUCAUAGAGAAUCAAGAACAAAAACUCUCCUUACUGUAGGCCUACACACGGAUGUCUACUUACUAUAGGCCUACACACGGAUGUCUACUUACUAUAGGCCUACACACGGAUGUCUACUUACUGUAGGCCUACACACGGAUGUCUAACAGAGGAUUUUGUCCUCUCAACUGCACAUGGAUGUCUAACAGUUGUCUCUGUUCCUUUAGACUCUUCAGACAUUCCCCGCAAAUGUCUGACAGUUCUCUUUCUUUCUUUUUUUUUCUCUGAUUAACGAUUAUUGAUUAGUUUAACCUCUGUUUUAUUCACUGAAUUCUUAUAUUGAUUAUGAUUUGUUGUUUUGAUUAUUCAUGAUGUUAUUAUGUGUGUGUCAUCUAAAAUGCACCCACGCAUGUCUGACAGCUUCCUUUACUUCCAUUCCCUCUCAACUGACACCGCAUACGCAUCCUUGCCCUCCAGCAUGUCCCAGGUGCACGCAAAGACGUUAAAUACCUGUCCCCAACUUCCCUUAACUGUUCUAAAAAUGUCUAACAGCUGCCUUUGACUUCGUG